UCUAUUAUACGUAGCAGCUGGCGGUACUCGUGCCGUUUUUUGGCGAGGAAUUUUCAUCACUCGAAUUUAGAAAUUGCAAGAGGAGUUGCAGCAUCCAGAUCCAGCGACAAUGUCGAUAAAGCUCAAAGCGAACCUUAAUAACCCGCCCAUAAGUGGCUUGGCGACGGCGCACCUUAUCAAUGGCACGGUGCCCGUGGAGAUUGUGUGGAGCAAGGAGGAGACUUCGCUGCAGUUUCCCGAUGGCCGCCUGCUGGUCUGCCACUCCAACAACGACGUGCUCCGCGCCCUGGCGCGCUCCGCACCGGACUACAAGCUGUACGGAGAGACGGCCAUCGAGCGAACACAGAUCGACCACUGGCUCUCGUUCUCGUUGACCUGCGAGGAUGACAUUUCCUGGGCGCUGUCGUUCCUGGACAAGUCUAUUGCCCCUGUCACUUACUUGGUGGCCAAUAAGCUAACUAUCGCCGAUUUUGCACUGUUCAACGAGAUGCACUCGCGCUACGAAUUCCUGGCCUCCAAGGGCAUCCCUCAACAUGUUCAGCGCUGGUAUGACCUUAUAACUGCCCAGCCGCUGAUCCAGAAGGUCCUCCAAUCACUGCCUGAAGGUGCGCGUGUUAAGAGGAGUCCGCAGGCUUCCAAGGAGCAGACACCGGCCAAGACUGGUGAGCGCAAGCAGGAGGGCAAGUUCGUGGAACUGCCCGGAGCGGAGAUGGGCAAGGUGGUCGUCCGCUUCCCGCCAGAGGCCUCCGGUUACCUGCAUAUCGGCCACGCCAAGGCGGCGCUCCUGAACCAGUACUACGCCUUGGCCUUCCAAGGUACCCUCAUCAUGCGCUUCGACGAUACGAAUCCCGCCAAGGAGACGGUCGAGUUCGAGAAUGUUAUUCUCGGCGACCUGGAGCAGCUGCAGAUCAAGCCAGACCUGUUUACGCACACCUCCAACUACUUUGACCUGAUGCUUGACUACUGCGUUCAGCUGAUAAAGGAGAGCAAGGCCUAUGUGGACGACACGCCGCCAGAGCAGAUGAAGCUGGAGCGCGAACAGCGCGUCGAGUCGGCCAAUCGAUCAAACUCCGUCGAAAAGAAUCUUUCGCUGUGGCAGGAAAUGCUGAAGGGGUCGGAGAGAGGUCAGAAGUGUUGCGUGCGCGCCAAGAUUGACAUGUCCUCGCCCAACGGCUGCAUGCGAGAUCCAACUAUCUAUCGCUGCAAGAAUGAGCCACAUCCCCGCACGGGAACCAAAUACAAGGUCUAUCCCACAUACGACUUUGCCUGCCCCAUUGUGGACGCCAUCGAGAAUGUGACCCACACACUGCGCACCAUGGAGUACCACGAUCGUGACGAUCAGUUCUAUUGGUUCAUCGAUGCUUUGAAGCUGAGGAAGCCCUACAUCUGGGAGUAUAGUCGCUUAAACAUGACCAACACGGUGCUAUCCAAGCGAAAGCUCACCUGGUUUGUGGAGUCUGGCCUGGUUGAUGGCUGGGACGAUCCCCGCUUCCCCACAGUGCGCGGCAUCAUUCGUCGUGGCAUGACCGUGGAGGGCUUGAAGGAGUUCAUCAUUGCCCAGGGCAGCAGCAAGUCGGUUGUCUUCAUGAACUGGGACAAGAUUUGGGCUUUUAACAAGAAGGUGAUCGAUCCAAUUGCUCCUCGCUAUACGGCGUUGGAGAAGGAGAAGCGCGUGAUCGUUAAUGUGGCCGGUGCCAAGGUCGAGAAGAUUCAGGUGUCCGUUCAUCCCAAGGACGAAUCUCUGGGCAAGAAGACUGUUCUGCUGGGUCCUCGUAUCUACAUUGACUACGUGGAUGCCGAGGCUCUCAAGGAGGGUGAGAAUGCAACUUUCAUCAACUGGGGCAACAUCCUGAUCAAGAAGGUGCACAAGGAUGCGUCGGGCAAUAUCACCUCCGUGGACGCGGCUCUUAAUCUAGAAAACAAGGACUUUAAGAAGACACUGAAGCUAACCUGGCUGGCUGUAGAAGACGACGCCAGUGCCUAUCCGCCCACGUUCUGCGUUUACUUUGACAACAUUAUCAGCAAGGCUGUUCUGGGCAAAGACGAGGACUUCAAACAGUACAUUGGACACAAGACCCGUGACGAGGUGGCCAUGCUGGGCGAUCCUGAGCUGAAGAAAUGCAAAAAGGGUGAUAUCAUCCAGUUGCAGCGUCGUGGCUUCUUCAAGGUGGACAAUGCCUAUGCCCCGCCAAGUCCAUACUCGAAUGUUCCUUCGCCCAUUGUCCUGUUCUCGAUUCCCGAUGGACACACCAAGGAUGUGCCCACCUCGGGCCUAAAGAUCAAUGCGCCAGCGGAUGCCAAGACUACGAAAAAGGCAUCCUCACCUGCUCAAUCCAACGACAAGGCUUCCGAAUUGGACAAACAAAUUGGUCAACAAGGCGAUGUGGUGCGUGAUUUGAAGUCCAAGAAGGCAGCAAAGGAUCAAAUCGACGUGGAGGUAAAGAAACUGCUCGCUUUGAAAGCUGACUACAAAGCAGCCACUGGUAAGGACUGGAAACCAGGACAAACUCCUGCAUCUGCACCAGCUACCGCUCCCACUGCUUCCUCCAACGACGCAGCUUCGGUUAAUGCCAGCAUUGUGAAGCAGGGAGAUCUAGUUAGAGACCUCAAGGGAAAGAAGGCUGCCAAGCCAGAGAUCGACGCCGCUGUAAAGACUCUCCUAGAACUGAAAGCUCAGUACAAAUCCCUUACCGGUCAGGAUUGGAAACCGGGCACUGUUCCGCCCGCACCCACUGCCACGACUGCAAACGAUUCGGUGACCCAGAUCCUUAGCCAAAUCACUGCCCAGGGCGACAAAGUUCGUGAACUGAAGGCAGCUAAAGCCGAUAAGGCCACCGUUGAUGCAGCUGUGAAGACACUGCUCGGCUUGAAGGCGGACUACAAGGCAGCCACUGGCAGCGACUGGAAGCCCGGCACCACAGCUCCAGCACCCGCAGCAGCAGCCACAGCGGCUCCACCUAAGGUCAAGCAGGAGAAGAACGCGGAUCCAGCUCCCGUCGGUGCUGUAAACACUUUGCUGGACAAGAUCGCGCAACAGGGCGAUAAGAUCCGUCAACUGAAGUCGGCCAAAUCGGAAAAAUCCCUGGUGGAUGCCGAGGUCAAGCUUUUGCUGGCUCUAAAAACCGACUACAAAUCCCUGACCGGUCAGGAGUGGAAGCCAGGCACUGUGGCACCUACUCCAGUGGCCAUUGUAGAUCUCACUGGUGGAGAUUCUAGCAGCGACGUCAGUGGUGUUUUGGGCAAGAUCCAGACCCAAGGUGAUAAGAUCCGUCAGCUGAAGUCGGAAAAGGCUGCUAAGAACGUUAUUGAGCCGGAGGUGAAGACUCUCUUGGCCCUAAAGGCAGAAUACAAGACACUGAGCGGCAAGGACUGGACCCCAGACUCUAAGGCGGAACCAGUUGCUGUGAAGAAGGAAGCGAGCCCCGUUCAGAUGGCAUCGUCAGCGAAGGAUGAGCUCACCCAGGAGAUCAAUGCUCAGGGUGAGAAGGUGCGUGCGGCAAAGAGCAGCAAAGCGGCCAAGGAGGUGAUCGAUGCCGAGGUGGCCAAACUGCUGGCUCUUAAGGCCAAGUACAAGGAAGUCACGGGUACAGAUUUCCCAGUGGCCGGACGAGGAGGCGGCGGCAGCGGAGGAUCUGCCAAGAAGGCCCCCAAAGAAGCGCAACCGAAGCCUGCCAAGCCCGCGAAGAAGGAGCCAGUGGCCGAUGCCGCUGGUGCUGUGAAGAAACAGACCCGAUUGGGUCUGGAGGCCACCAAGGAGGAUAACCUGCCCGACUGGUACUCGCAGGUGAUCACCAAGGGUGAGAUGAUCGAAUACUACGAUGUGUCCGGCUGCUAUAUCCUGCGCCACUGGUCCUUUGCCAUCUGGAAGGCCAUCAAGAAUUGGUUCGAUGCCGAAAUCACGCGAAUGGGCGUUAAGGAAUGCUAUUUCCCCAUCUUUGUGUCGAAGGCAGUGCUGGAGAAGGAGAAGACGCACAUUGCCGACUUCGCCCCGGAGGUGGCUUGGGUGACCAAGUCCGGAGACUCGGAUCUGGCCGAGCCCAUCGCCGUGCGCCCCACCUCCGAGACCGUCAUGUAUCCCGCCUACGCCAAGUGGAUACAGUCGUACCGUGAUCUGCCCAUUCGUCUUAAUCAAUGGAACAACGUUGUGCGCUGGGAAUUCAAGCAGCCAACGCCUUUCCUGCGUACCCGCGAGUUCCUCUGGCAGGAGGGACACACCGCAUUCGCUGGAAAGGAGGAAGCUGACAAGGAAGUGUUGGAUAUUCUAGAUCUGUACGCUUUGGUCUACACCCACCUGCUGGCCAUUCCUGUGGUCAAGGGCCGCAAGACCGAGAAGGAGAAGUUCGCCGGCGGUGACUACACUACCACCGUUGAAGCCUUCAUCUCGGCCUCGGGACGAGCCAUUCAGGGUGCGACCAGCCAUCACCUGGGCCAGAAUUUCUCCAAAAUGUUCGAAAUCGUGUACGAGGACCCCGAGACGCAGCAGAAGAAGUACGUGUACCAAAACUCCUGGGGUAUAACCACACGCACCAUUGGCGUGAUGAUCAUGGUGCAUGCGGACAACCAGGGUCUGGUGCUGCCCCCACACGUUGCCUGCAUCCAGGCCAUCGUUGUGCCCUGCGGCAUCACUGUUAACACCAAGGAUGAUGAGCGGGCGCAGCUGCUGGACGCAUGCAAGCAGCUGGAGAAGCGUCUGUGUGGCGGCGGAGUGCGGUGCGAGGGUGAUUACCGAGACAACUACUCGCCCGGCUGGAAGUUCAAUCAUUGGGAACUGAAGGGAGUACCGCUUCGCUUGGAAGUUGGUCCCAAGGACCUGAAAGCCCAGCAAUUGGUGGCCGUUCGCCGUGACACCGGCGAGAAGAUCACCAUCCCGCUGGCCGAUGUUGAGAAGAAGAUACCCGCCUUGCUUGAGACGAUCCAUGAGAGUAUGCUAGCCAAGGCGCAGCUGGAUUUGACCAGUCACACCAAGACCGUGACCAAUUGGACCGACUUCUGCAACUUCCUCGAGCAGAAGAACAUACUGUUGGCACCCUUCUGUGGCGAGAUCAGCUGCGAGGACAAAAUCAAGGCAGACAGUGCCCGCGGCGAGGAGGCCGAGGCAGGAGCACCGGCCAUGGGUGCCAAGUCCCUGUGCAUCCCCUUCGAACAGCCGACUCCCAUUAAGGCCAGCGAUAAGUGCAUCAAUCCCGGCUGCACGAACAAGCCCAAAUUCUACACUCUCUUCGGACGAAGCUACUAAGGGAAUGGAAAGGAAAGGAGGAAGCCUGGCUUCGUACUUUAAGAAAUGCACUCUGAUUUUGCAAGGACCUUAAUCAACCGAUUGAAUUCAAAUAAAUUUAAUUUAAAAAACAUU